AAGUAUCUCCCCUUUCUUUCUAGCUUCUUUAUUCGCCAUCCUAGUCUUCUUUCUCUCUAGCUUGCUAGCUAGGUAUAGCUAUUGGAGAAAGAAGCAAAGGAUAGGAAUUUGCAAGAAAUAAUACAUAUAUAGAUAUAAUGGGUGUAGAUUUGUUGGCUCUUAUAAUGAUGAUAAUUGUGCAACUUGGAUAUGCGGUGAUGAACAUCAUAUCGAAGCUGGCCAUGGAUUCCGGCAUGAACCCUUUCGUCCACGUCGCUUAUCGUCAACUCUUCGCUUCCGUUGCCAUUGCUCCAAUUGCAUAUUUCUCCGAGAGGAGGAUACGGCCACAGAUGACACUCUCUAUCCUUUUCAAUAUAUUCCUUUGUUCCAUAUUUGGGAUUAGCCUCAACCAGAUCACAUACUUUGUAGGGCUCAAGAAUUCCACACCAACCAUUGCAUGUGCAUUGACCAACUUAAUCCCAGCAGUCACUUACCUCUUGGCAGUCCCUUUUGGGAUUGAAAAGUUAAUGAUUAGGACUGCGGCCGGGAAAGCAAAGGUGGUAGGAACCAUAUUAUGUGUGGGUGGUGCUAUGUUACUCUCCUUCUACCACGGCCAUAAUAUUGGCAUAGGCGAAUCCAGCAUUCACUGGAAAUAUGCAGACCAUCUCUCAUCCCAAAACAAAGAUAAUAAUGGCUCUACCAACGCUCAACCCAACUUCAUAUUGGGACCUUUCCUCAUCAUCGUUAGCGCCCUUUCUUGGGCAAUUUGGUCAAUUAUCCAGACAAGAGUGAGUGAGAAGUACCCAGCUCCAUACUCGAGCACAGCCUUAAUGUGUUUCAUGUCUAGCAUUCAGUGUGUUCUUUUCGCCAUUUGCUUUGAUCACAAACCAACUGAUUGGUCUUUGAGGCAAGGGAUCAGGGCUACCUCUGCGGUUUAUGCUGGAAUUGUGGGCACUGCACUAGCAUAUUGCCUAAUGUCAUGGUGCAUAGAGAAAAAAGGACCUUUAUAUGUUUCUGUUUUUAACCCUUUGCUGCUUGUGAUUGUAGCUGUUCUCAGUUGGGGUUUACUUCAAGACAAAAUAUACGUUGGCACAAUUGUUGGAUCAGUGUUGAUUGUUGUGGGACUGUAUGGAGUUCUAUGGGGAAAGCAGAAAGAGCUACAAGUUAUUGGGGUUGUGCAUGUGGAUGAAGAAGAGGCAAGAAAUGAGGUGGAAACCAAAGAAGAUCACUUGGAAGAAUUGGAGUUAUCUGCCCAUUCAAUCAUCACCGUUGAUCAAUUCCCCAAGAAGAAUUAAAAUAAUUAGUUUUCGUUGCAUAGUAAAGAAAAUUGUCAUCCUUUGUGAUUUUGUUCUUUGUGAUUUUGUUCCAAACAAACUAUUAAGUGAUAUGUCAAGAUGUGUGUGAGUUUAUUU